UGAUUCAAUUUGGCAAAAAAAAAAUCACGGCGCUUUGCGAUGAUUUGCACGGCGGUUACUCUGCUCUUCUAAUCGUCAAUUCAGACUUGGUCGGAGGAGAACCAACGUUUUCUAUUCGUAUUAAGUACAGAUAUUUUAAUACAGUUUAUUUCGUUUCAUUGCAGCGAGUGUUGUACACAUUUUAAAUAUAGUUUUUAUCAUCUCUCUGCGUGUUGCUUAAAAAUAAAACGUGUUCAUAUUCGCAGUAUGAUGUGAUUUCGUGCUACUGUUUUUCGUUAUUACUUACUUGUUACAUUCGUUGGUUUUUUUUUUUUUUUUUUUUUUUUUGAAUAAAUGAGUUGACAUUCGUAUGUGUUUCCUGGUGGACUAAACUCCUUAUUAGAAAGGUGAAUAUACCUAGAAACAACGGUAGAAAAAAUGAUCAAAAUCGAUGAAAAUGAUCCCAUCGGUGAGAUGGAUCCGAGCUUUCCUUUUCGAGAUGUUGUUAUCAGGAAGAAUACAGAUAUGAAGGAGUUUUACGAUUUGCAGAAAGAAAUCGGAAGGGGUAAAUUCGGCACCGUUUACAGAUGUACUGAGAAAUCAACUGGCUUAAAAUUAGCAGCCAAGUUUAUAGGAAUAUCGAAAAGACAAGACAGAAGAAAUGCCGAACGUGAGGUUGAAAUUAUGAGAGAGUUACAACAUCCUCGUCUUAUACAAAUGUACGAUGCGUUUGAAAUAAAUAACAUCAUGUGCGUCGUUUUAGAAUUAAUCGAAGGAGGCGAGCUUUUUGAACGUGUUAUAGAUGAUGACUUUAUCCUAACAGAAAAAUCGGUAUCAGUAUUCAUGCGACAAAUAUGCGAAGGAAUCGCGUUCAUUCAUUCGAAAAACAUUCUACAUCUGGAUAUGAAACCGGAAAAUAUUCUAUGUUUAACGAGAACUGGUAAUCGGAUCAAAAUCAUAGAUUUCGGUCUAGCUCGAAAGUACGAUCCGGAGAAAAAACUGCAAGUUUUGUUCGGUACCCCUGAAUUCGUAGCACCGGAAGUUGUGAACUUUGAUUCAAUUGGUUUUGGCACAGAUAUGUGGUCUGUGGGUGUUAUCUGUUAUGUUCUGUUAUCUGGUUUAUCGCCUUUUAUGGGCGAAACUGAUGUACAAACCAUGGCUAAUGUUACCAUAGCACAAUACGACUAUGACGAUGAAGCUUUCAAUGAUAUUUCAGCCGAUGCCAAAGAUUUCAUUGGUAAACUAUUGUUAAAAGAUCGAGAGCAACGCAUGUCAGCAACAGAAUGUCUGUCACACCGUUGGUUGCAACGCAGAAAACCACCCGUCUCCAGGUCUCCUCCUUGUAAUCCUAUUCCUCAGAGUGAACUGGAUCUGCAAAAGGAUACAUUGCGUUAUUUGGUUGAUAGAUGGAAUAACGAUUCCAGUAUAUCUUUGGUAUUGAAUAACGAGGAUGAUAAAUGUGAAAAAGUUAUUGAUAUUUGUAAAGUGAAUGGAAUUACCGAGCAGCCAAGUAAGUCACGUGAUGAGUUGGUUAGCAAAAUGGCAUCUUCACCUGCAAACAAUCACACAUCAGAACCAUCUGUGAUAAAACUUAAUUCAUCAUCAUCAUCAUCUGACAACGUUAAUGAGUCAUCUAACUUGGAUAAUAUCGCAUUGGUACCUAUUCAAAGUAUUGAAGCACCCCCUGUAUCGAAUCAAGUGCUUAAAUCUUUAUCAGAUGUUACUUCAACAAGCCGACUUUCACCUAAUUUGAAACGUUCUUUGAGCCCUGAUACUGUCGCUGUGGAAGCAGGAGAGAAGGAACACACUACAAAAAUAUCUAAGUCACUGACACCAUCGAGAUCUGGGUCAAGCAGCCCGAUAGUUUGUGAGAAACUUGUAUCAAACGUAGAAAUAGGAAACAUACAAGAUGAAUCUAGUCAAGAGUUACCAAAGUCACCAUUAUUAGAAGUUCCUGGAAGAAAAUCACCUCUGAAGCAAUCUUCAAAUAUCAAGAAGUCUCCAUCAGCAUCACCAAAGCUGAAGAAGAAAACUACAUCUAGAACAUCAUCUCCUGCAAUAGAUGAUCACCUGCUAAAUGGUAAAGAUGAACCGAUGAACUAUGAUGCAGAAAUUGUUACUGAUAAACCUAGUGAAAAAUUACCAAAAUCACCAUCAUUAUUAGAAGUUCCCGGUGAUUUAUCUCAGGUAGAACCUACUAAAACUGUCAAGAAGUCUCCAUCGACGUCUCCUAAACCGUUGAAGAAAAUUGUGAUUAAAACACCGUCUCCAACAAUUAAAGAUCAAAAUGAACUCAUACUUAAUCAUAUUGACAGCAAUAGUAUCAAAUCAAGUCAACAAAGAUCAGAGGAGCAGGAAAAACUAUCUCAGGUGGAACCCACAAGUGUUAAUAAGUCCCCAUCUGCAUCUCCAAUACCAUCAUUGAAAACAGUUGUUAGAACACCAUCUCCUACUGGCAAAGAUCAAGCAUCAAAUCUGCAAAAUGAGCUCAUAUCUAAUCACAAUGACAUUACAAAUGAGGACAAAUCUAGUCUGCAAAAAUUAGAAAUGCCAAAGACCCUAUCUCCAACAGAACCAACAACUGUCAAGAAGUCUCCAUCACCAUCUCCAAUACCAUUGAAGAAAACUGUUGUUAAAACACCAUCUCCUACAAUCAAAGAACAAUCAUCAAACCCACAAGUUGAACUCAUGUACAAUCACACCAACAUUACAAAUGACAAACCUAAUCAGCAAACAUUAGAAGUGUUGAAGAAUCUAUCUCCAAUAGAACCAAGAACUGUUAAGAAAUCCCCAUCAACAUCUCCCACACCGUUGAAGAAAACAGUAAUUAAAACACCAUCCCCAACCAUCAAUGACUUAGCAUCACAUCAGCACGACCAACACAUAACUAAUAAUAUUGACAUCACAAAUGACAAAUCUGGUCAACUAACAUUAGAAAUACCUAAAGACCUCUCUCAAGUGGAACCUGCAACUGUUGAGAAAUCUCCAUCAACAUCUACCAUACCAAUGAAGAAAACAGUUGUUAGAACACCAUCUCCUACAAUCAAAGACCAAUCAUCAAAUGAGCAAGACAAACUUAUAUCCAAUCAUAGUGAUAUAACCAAUGCCAAACCGAGUCCACUAACAUUGAAAAUGCCCAAGAACCUAUCUGCAAUGGAACCAGCAACUAUGAAGAAAUCCCCAUCAACAUCUCCUACACCGUUAAAGAAAGCAGCUGUUAACACACCAUCUCCAACAAUCAAAGACCAAUCAUCAAACCCUCUAGUCCAAUCCAUUGAUCAGUCUAAUACCUUAAACAUCAAGUUUGGCCAAGAAUUGUCAACUUCAUCUUUAUUAGAAGUACCAAAGAAAUCACCAUCAACAGACACGCUAAAUACAAAGAAAUCUCCAUCAACAUCUCCAAAACCAUUGAAAAAGAAAGUAGCUAAAACUCCAUCCCCAUCAAUAAAAGAUCAACCAAGUCAAGAAAAUGUUAAUGCCAAGUCAAGUCUUGCAGUAACACCAGAAAGAUCACCACAACGAGACAUCUUGAAGGAUGAAAAGUCUCCAAUAACUGUUCCUCAUGGCAAACCCUCACCUAAAACAGAUGCUCAAGUCUGUGAUAUUGUGAAGGAAGCUCCUACUGUUGAUGAGACUAACAUAUUGAUGACUUCAAAACAUAAGACUUCUAUCAGCACAUCAUGCCCAAAGACUUCUGGGGAUAGUGGGAACAAACCAAAUACUAAAUCAAAUGUUGUACUUGAAGGUAUUCACUCUUCUCUACAUUCAGAACAAUCUGAAUCUGCAGAAGAGAUCAGUAGAGCAACACCUACCAAGUCUAAAGACAAACUUCAAGACAUUCCUAGUCCAGAAACUUCAAGCCAAUCUCAACCUAGACGUACCCCAAUAGUUGAAAUAAGUGAUGAAACUUACGAAUGUGUGAAAAAACGUCGUUUCACUAUAAAAAGUGUAGAAUCUACCAAAACUAUCCACAAAGAUGACUCAACCAGCCAAAUAAAAUCGACUGAAAAAACCUCUUUGAGUUCAGAAACAACUCCUACACCACACCGUAGAUCCAUAUUUAGUCCAGAUGUGUCACCCAAAGUGCUACGUAAACUGAGCGAUUUCAUGUCCACUUCAGAGCUAAUGAAACGAAGAAUAUCCGACAUAAGUAAUUUACUUUCUCGCAGAAGUGCAGAACAAGAUACUGCAGAGCAAUCGAUACCAGAUGACAUGUCAUCAUUUUGUAGUAAAUUAAAUAGAAUUGUCCGUCUAAGGCAUGACAGCUAUUCGAUAGAUGGUUCAUCCUCUCAUGUCAAAAGACCAAAAUUUCGAAUAUCUUAUCUUAGUCGAGAUGUACCACUCGCCUCAACUCCACCUUUACACGCUGAUCUUCUAAACUAUUUACCAUUUGGAGAUGAAACCAUAUCAACUCCAGUUUGGUCGUUUCAGAGAAACAAUCCUUUCCAUUCUGAUCCCAGUUCACUCCGAAAUUCUCCUGAGAGAUUCGCUUCGCCUUCUUUGACGAGGAAACUUUUAUCUAAAUUUUUCAACGAUUCUCUAGACUAUGAUAUUUCUCCUACUCCUUCCACUUCGACGAAUGGUUUGCCGAAGGAUAAAAUAACGGGAAUUAUUUCCUAAUUUUUAAGAGCCGCAUGACUGGUGCAGAUGCUGUGAACCAUAAAUGGCUGAAAAAUGCUGGAGAGAUUACCUUGAGUAAAGCCAAGCUGAAGAAAUAUGUGACCAAGAAACGCUGGGUUAAAGCAGCCAAUACCAUAAUCGCAUUACAAAGGAUGGGAGCCAAGUUGGAAGAUGAUGAAGCACCUUAGCGUUAUUUAUUUUCAAUAAGUUGAUAUUAUAAGUUGUUUUUUUU